UUUUGGCGUCUGGGUUGGAGACGCGAAUAUAGCCGACAUGGUUUCUGUGCGCUGUGAACCCCGAUAGAUUUGGCUCCUAUUGAUUGCGCGACAGUGUGUGCACAUUCUUCCGAGUAAAUCGUCGCAUAGCGAUUUUUUCGUGUUCUUCGCGAACGCUUUCAAGAGCGAUUCACGGCGAUCGGUGACGUGCUGCGAGAAAAGCUACGCCAAGCGGGAACGAGGAAGAGCAAGAUGACGCCAGAAGGAUAUACACGUGUUUACGUGGGUGGAUUGAAUGAGAGCAUCAAAAAGGAAGAUCUGCAAAUGGAGUUUGAAAAGUAUGGCAAGUUGAACAAGGUCUGGGUAGCCUUCAAUCCGCCAGGCUUUGCCUUUAUCGAGUUCUUCAACAUGAACGAGGCUGAAUUAGCAUGCUGCAAUAUGAAUGGCAUGGAAAUCAUGGGUGCAAAAUUAAGAGUAGAGAUUUCACGGGGUAGAGGUCGUGGCGGCGGGAGGGGUGGAGGUUCAGGUGGUUUCAGAGGAAAUCGGGGAGUCGGUAGUAGGGAAUUCGGUUCUCGAGGCGGUAAUUCCGUGGGUUAUAGAGGCAAUACCUAUGCAGAUUACGGAGGCAGUUAUUAUGCAGGCAGGAGUGGCACAAAUAGAGGCAGAGGCCGUUACGGAGAAGACUAUAUGUUCAAUCGCAGCAGUGGGUAUGUUACGCGAGACGGAUAUACGCAAGAUGUCUAUAGUGGUAGUAGCGGAGACGCUGGUGCCGACUACUACACCGGGAAGGAUACAAGUACAGCGAGGUAUCGAAGCCGUUCCCCCGCUGGCCGUGGCAGUCAUCGUCAUCUACGUGAAUGCACAUAAAAGAACUACGCUGCGUCUUGCCAAUCUGAACUGCGGGUUCGCCGAUCAGCCACCCGCCUCGACGACUUCAUUUCUGUCCAAUCUACACACAGCGACCUGUAUAUAGACAAGAACUACCAUUGCAGUUUGCGCUGUGCAAUAUUUUCCCUGCAUUGUACCACUUCCAUGCAACUUGUGGUCGCUGCUGGGAUGCUAUACUUUCUAUGAUUAACAGAUCCGAGAGUUCCCUUAAAUAAAAGCGCUCUUACGCGAAGUGAGAAAUGCGAUGAAAUAUAGAAUAACGCGGAAUACCUUUGAAUGAUUAAUAUUUAAAAAAGUAAUUAAUAUAGGGCUGUAAUCUAUAGGGAAUGUAACACUAUCUACAAUCACCGUUUUAUGUUUAGCUGACGCCUUAUUGGGUUGUUUUAGAUCUCUUUAUAUAUUUUCGACAUGCAGAAUUUUUGUGGCUUUUGAUUUGUGAUUAUACAGAUUUUUCAGUGAUUAUGCAGAGAUUUGCUUAUUAUAUAUAAUAUAUGCAUUAUGUAUUACAUAUUACGUAUUAUU